ACGUGGCUCGGACGCAGCUCGCGGCCGCCCGGCAGCAGCUCCGAGGCUGGGCGGCUCCGCUCCGCCUCCGUCGCCGCCUGCGCGCUGCGCCAGGCCCGCCAGGCCAGGCCGAGGCCAGCCGCCGAGUGAGGGACGCGAGCAGCCAUGGCCGAAGCGGCGCCCGCCCGGGCUCCAGAGAGGGAUAAGCAGACAGACGACGAAAGCCCUUCGACACCUCCUCUGUCACCCCCAGCAGCCGCGGAGAACUCUUACCUGUACUCGACGGAGAUCACACUGUGGACGGUGGUGGCCGCCAUCCAGGCCUUGGAGAAGAAGGUGGACUCCUGCCUGGCCCGCUUGCUGACCCUGGAGGGGCGGGCGGGGACGGCCGAGAAGAAGCUGCUGGACUGCGAGAAGACAGCCGUGGAGUUCGGGAACCAGCUGGAGGGCAAGUGGGCCGUGCUGGGGACCCUGCUGCAGGAGUACGGGCUGCUGCAGAGGCGGCUGGAGAACAUGGAGAACCUGCUGAGGAACCGAAAUUUCUGGAUCCUGCGCCUGCCCCCGGGCAGCAAGGGGGAGGCCCCCAAGGUACCCGUGACCUUUGAUGACGUGGCCGUGUAUUUCUCUGAGCCAGAGUGGGGCAAGCUGGACGAGUGGCAGAAGGAGCUCUACAAGCACGUGAUGCGGGGCAACUACGAGAUGCUGGUGUCCCUGGAUUAUGCCAUCUCCAAACCAGACAUCCUGACCCGGAUGGAGAGGGGAGAGGAGCCUUGUCCUGGAGGCCCGUGGGGCCAGGAGGAGGGAAGCAGGAGGGAGGUAGCCCAGCCAAGGAGGCCAAGCCCUGGCGUCCCUCCACGUCCAGAGCACAACCUCGGCCCCGUCAGCCCUGCCCGGGAAGAACCAAAAGAAGAGCAGGUCACCAGGCGCCAGCAAGACUCCGAGACGAGAGUGACCGUCCCCAGAGCAAGCACGGGUGAGCGAGGGCCGCCGGGCCGCCGUGCGAAGAGCAUCUUGACACACGACCAGACAGGGCCUCCAGCCGCGGUUAAACAGGAGCAAGAAUUUUCAGGUGGGGAGUCUCCAACAUCCCCUCCCGGGGAGAGGCUGCCCGGCAUGGGGCCAGGCGGUGGCAGCGUGGUCAUCAAGACAGAAGCCCAGUCCGAGGACGAGAUGAUACCCGAGCAGCUUUUCCUGGGCGAGUCCCACAGCCAGCCCGUGUGUAGGAUGGCCAAGGGGCCCAGGAGCAGGACCGAGGGCCCCUGUCGGCUGCGUGCGGCAGGGGUGCCACGGGUGCGGGCCGGGGACACGCGGGCCUCUGGAGCUCUGGGGGAGCCGCCCCGCAUCCUCCCUCGCAGGCGAGAGCGGACCUUCCCCUGCCCUGACUGUGGGCAGAGUUUCCGCUUGAAGAUUAACCUGACCAUUCACCAGCGGACGCACGUGGAGGAGGAGCCCAGGGAGACUCCGGGGAGCUCGCCCCCUGGCUGGGGGGAGGCCCCCUCCACUCUGGAGCCAGGCGAGGUGGUGGUGCCCGGCCCAGUCAUCCGCUGGCUCCCCGAGGAGCCCGGAGGCCGCCGCUCCCUGGCGGGCCGCUCCCUCCUGGCGCGGCGGCCGGCGGCGGGCAAGCUGUACCACUGCAGCGAGUGCCUGCGCUUCUUCCAGCAGCGGAAGAGUCUGCUGCUGCACCAGCGCCUGCACACGGGCACCAGCCAGGGCUGGCCGGCCUGUCCCUACUGCGGCAAGGCCUUCCGCCGGCCCUCCGACCUCUUCCGCCACCAGCGCAUCCACACGGGCGAGCGGCCCUACCAGUGCCCUCAGUGCGGCCGCGCCUUCAACCGGAACCACCACCUGGCGGUCCACAUGCAGACUCACACCCGAGGCCAGGCGGGCCCGCCCUGCCCCACUUCCCCGGCCCUCCCCCGGACCCCCCCGCGACCCCGGCCCAGCCACAGUGAGGAGGGCUGAGCGGCCAGGAGCCUGUAGGGGCACCCUCCGGCUCUCGGGGGCACCCCCAGCAGGACUCCUGUCCGCCUUCGGGCCUUUCCCCCGGUGCCUGGUGCUGGUUCCUCGUUCUGGACUAGUUCUGGAAUAGCUUUGGAGAGAGCUUUUUUUCAUUCCGAUGGGAAGCAGUGGCCUUUUUGGUAACUGUGUGUGUAUGACCAGAUACCUCAACUUCCUGUUUUCUGAGUUUGUCACUCUUCGCUGCCUUUUCUACAUUCCUGACUUAGAAAGGAUCCCUUAAAGCAUACAGGAUGCCGACUUUUGGUGAGAGACUGUGGCGGGUAUCUGAGACCGGCACUGGAGAUAGUGGCCCUUCCAGUAGCGGGCGAUGGAGACACGGAGUGCCUGCCGUUCCUAAUGUACACAGAGGUCACAGCAGAGUGGACAGUUUGAAGAGUAGGCGCUGGAAAUUUGAGUUUUCCUACUGUGUUAUUUUGAAAUCUUUUUUUCCCUUCCUUAUGGAAUUUUUUUAGUGUUUUUUUAAGGGUUACGUGUGGUUGCAAAGGGGACCAGGAGCCCUGAGGGGCAGGAACUAUUCUGCUACCUCCUUGUGUGUGGGGAUGGUGGAGGGGCUGUCCAGAUCAGCCCAGGUAUUGGUGGGGGCUUGGCUGCUGCUCUGACACAGGCUGCCUUCCUGGGUGUGCAUUCUUUGGCCCAGAGUGCUUCCCAAUAUCCCAACAUCCAUGAUUGAUUUUGGUUGUUAGUUGAGAGGGGAAACAGGUCUGGAGUGGUGGACACUUCCCCCAAGGUCUCAGUGUUAUGGGUAUGCACGGUCUGUGGACUUAGGGGGUGGGGGAGAUGCAGACCCAGCCCAGGAAGCUCCUCCCGGAGAGGAAGCUUCUGAUGUGGGUGAGGCUGGGAAGCCAGGCUGGACUCCUGUGCUGCCGCGGCCUGAGCUGUCAUGUUAAAGGAGUGGUAUGUUCAAGAACUUGGGGCUGGUAGCAGAGAUAGUCCAAGAGACAGGGGUGGGUUUCUUUAACCACCUCCUGUGUCAUGUUCCUCACCUGUCAGAGGGGGUAAUGACCCCGGUGCAUUCUACCUCACCUUAGCGUUUUCGGGGUCGCAAAAGAUUAAGAAGCAGUGGGGCAGAUAGGAAGCCUGGUUGUAUCCUCUUUUCAAGUUCAGGGCCCCCCUUCUCUUCCAUGUUCAUCUCCAGCUCUUUGCCCAAGUCAGAAUCCCUCAGGAAGGACCUUUAUUUUCUAGAGUGAGUGGAAGGUCUCGGGUGCAGAGCGAGGUGAGACUUUCCCGUUGGGCUAUAUCCGCAAGGAGCCCUUUGUAGGUCAGUGGAACAAAUUCUUACCAAAGCAAUGAGGUUCGGACCGUAGGAUUUCAAGCAAUAGCGUCAGGCAUCCUGGAGAAGUCUUGGUGGCAGCUUGCAUCUGUGCCUCUUUGGUCACACCACUUUGGGUGCUGCCUAGAGAGCAACCCUUGGUUUGGGCGAUUUGAAACUGGAGUACUGUGUCCUCAGCUAUUUUGAUUGUUGUCUUAUUGGCUUUGGCACUAUGUGAAGUGGCCAGCAUUCAGACCUCCUUCCAGACAUCUGGGUCCCUCGCUGUGCCACUUCUUGUCCCUCUGACCCUCUCCUCUCUCCCAACGUCCUGAACAGAGUUGGGGGCAGAUGGGAACAUUGCCAUCAUCUCUGGGGCAAGAGUGAGUAUGCAAGUCGGUGAGAGCCCAGCCAAGCUCCCCUGGGCUUGGGAGGAAGGGCUGCCACCCUCCCCAGCUAUGCAUUUUGCUGGUCUCCUCUGGCAUCCCCAACCCUCACCAGCCCCCCCCCCCCCCAAGUCAGGGCUGGGCUGUCACCAAGUGUUCAUACAGGAUAUGGUGCAAAUGGAGCUGCUCUGAGCCUUCCUCUUCCCUGUAAGAGUUAGUCUCAGGUGUUCCCUGGGGAUGCCUCAAGGCUCGAAAGUCCUAGACCUUCCUAAGGCUAAAUGUCCUGUGUAAACACGGGUACUCUAGCAAUAG